GGAAAUAAUUUUGUGUUUCAAUGUUUGGGGGUGUGCAAGAGGGGAUGAAAGGUCAUUGUUUACUUUAUAAAUAGACCCUCUCCUCUUAUCUCCUUCUUUGCUUCCAUUUUCUGCAUCUCUUUCUCAUCCUCCUUUACACGCAGAGAUUGUUAGCAGGAAGAGAGAAGAAACCUCAAAGCUCUCCACUCUCAUCUCUCUCACACCCCUUAAGCCAAAUAGAGCAAAAGAAGAUACCCUUAGAUUAAUUACCUAUCAUCAUAUAUCCAUCCUUCCCACCCACCAGCCAAAAUCUUGCCCCUCUUCCCCCCUUACUCCCAAAUCCAUCAUCCCUUUCUCUUUGCUCUCAUCUCCUUGGGGGUCUCAUUUUUCCUCCAAAAGGGUAAGCAGCAGGUGAAUUGGGGAUAUUCGAUGGCCGGUUACCAUAGCGAUUCGAGGGAGGAUUCGCCAACGAGGAAGAUAGGGAGAGGGAAAAUCGAGAUCAAGCGGAUCGAGAACACAACUAACAGGCAGGUCACUUUCUGCAAGAGGAGGAAUGGUCUGCUGAAGAAGGCAUAUGAACUGUCUGUGCUUUGUGAUGCUGAGGUUGCUCUUAUUGUCUUCUCCAGCCGUGGCCGCCUCUAUGAGUAUGCCAACAACAGUGUUAAAGCCACAAUUGAAAGGUACAAGAAGGCCAAUUCAGACGCUACAAACACUGGAUCUGUUGCUGAGGCCAAUGCUCAGUACUACCAGCAAGAAGCUGCCAAGCUGCGGCAGCAGAUUGGGAACUUGCUGAACACAAACAGGAAUCUUGCUAUGUUGGCAAACAACUGUGGCUCUUCUUCUAGACACAUGCUUGGUGAGUCACUUGGAGGCCUGAAUGCCAAGGAGCUCAAGAACUUGGAGAGCAAACUAGAGAAAGGAAUCAGCAGAAUCCGUUCCAAAAAGAAUGAGCUGCUAUUCGCAGAGAUAGAGUAUAUGCAGAAAAGGGAAAUUGAUUUGCACAACAAUAACCAGCUUCUUCGUACAAAGAUUGCUGAGAAUGAAAGGAAGCAGCAGGGCAUGAGCUUGAUGCCAGGAGGGAGUAGCAGCUACGAGAUCGUGCAGCCUCACCAGCAGUUCGACUCUCGAAACUACUUCCAAGUCAAUGCUUUACAGCCCACCAACCAUUACCCUCAACAAGACCACAUUGCACUUCAGCUGGUGUAAGAGAAGCCAUGUCUCUCCCUUCCAUCAUAACUAGAAACCAUUUGCAUUUAUCAUCUCUAAGUUUGUGUGAUUUUCCUUUGGCAGUUGAGUGCUAGUGCUCCAAUGGAGAAGUAAGGGAAGCCAUUUCUGCUCUCUCUUACAGAGUCUGUAAGAAGGGCAUAUCUUGUGCAGGUGUAUGGCACCAAAUGCAUAUAUAUAAGAACAAGUGUUGUGAAGUAUAAUGAAAAAACGCAUUGGAGAUACUAGACAUUGUCUUUGCUCUUUCCUCAGCCUUUCGAGAGAAAAGGACAAUCAAGUAUUUUCCCUUUAGUACUACUAUUGUGGGCUAACUUUGUAAUCUCCCUAUGUUCCUCUUUUGCAAGUGAUGUGAUUUUCUGUGAAAGCUUCAUUUUUCGGCUUCGUUGUUGUCGCUUAAACUUAUAAAGGCUGUUGGUCGUCAUUAUUAUUAUUAUCACUAAAC